AGUCGUAGUACGUUGAUUUUUUACGUUGUGAAUUGAAUUUAUUAUUCGUGUGUUGGUGAAGUAUUCGUAACUUAAUUAAUCGGUAAAUUGAGAGAAAAGUAAUUCUAAUCGGUGCGAAAUUUGGUUUCGUUUCAAGGUGUUUUCGGCGGUGGUAAUGUGAUUGAAAAAAUAUGAUUUUAUAGGUCAUGUUUUUUGUUCGUUGUCCAGUUUUUAUAAAAGUUUUUAGUCAUAGUUUUAUAUUCUUUAAAGUCGAUCACGAUAUAUAAGUUCUCGUGCGCGAUAAUAAAUCUCAUCAUUAUCAAAUUACUCUCGUGUGUAGAAAACUAACUUCAGUACCUGCACCGUUGGACGAUCCGAACUGGCGAUAAUUGGUUAAUGUUGGGACAACGAUAAUUGGUCUGAUUACAUCGACCAAGCAGCCAUGGAGGACGCUCACGCUAAGAAAGUUGAGGAAGUCCUUACCUAUUUUCAAGUAGAUCCUGAGAGAGGAUUAUCACCAGAUCAAGUCAAAAGAUAUCAAGAAAAAUAUGGCCCUAAUGAACUUCCGGCGGAAGAAGGCAAAUCGAUAUGGCAACUGGUGUUAGAACAGUUCGAUGAUUUAUUAGUCAAAAUUUUAUUAUUAGCAGCUAUCAUAUCUUUUAUAUUAGCCUUAUUUGAAGAACACGAUGACCUAAAUGAAACGUUAACUGCAUUUGUAGAACCUUUUGUAAUAUUGUUAAUUCUAAUAGCAAAUGCCAUCGUAGGAGUAUGGCAAGAAAGAAAUGCCGAAUCGGCUAUCGAAGCUCUAAAAGAAUACGAACCAGAAAUGGGUAAAGUAGUUAGAGGGGAUAAGCAAGGUGUACAAAAAAUUAGAGCUAAAGAAAUUGUUCCUGGUGAUGUGGUCGAAGUUUCAGUUGGUGAUAAGAUUCCAGCGGAUAUUAGAUUAAUUAAAAUUUACUCGACUACGUUGAGAAUUGAUCAGUCAAUUUUGACUGGUGAAUCUGUUUCUGUGAUAAAGCAUACAGACGCAAUUCCUGAUCCGCGUGCUGUCAACCAAGAUAAGAAAAAUAUCUUGUUCAGCGGUACAAAUGUAGCCGCCGGUAAAGCUCGCGGUGUAGUCAUGGGAACCGGAUUGAACACAGCCAUCGGUAAAAUUCGUACCGAAAUGUCCGAAACGGAAGAAAUCAAAACUCCAUUACAACAGAAACUCGACGAAUUCGGUGAACAAUUGUCGAAAGUGAUCUCGGUUAUUUGCGUGGCCGUAUGGGCUAUCAACAUUGGCCAUUUCAAUGAUCCGGCUCACGGUGGUUCGUGGAUCAAAGGCGCCGUGUAUUAUUUCAAAAUCGCCGUCGCUUUGGCUGUGGCCGCCAUCCCGGAAGGGUUACCGGCUGUGAUUACCACGUGUUUAGCUUUAGGUACUCGUCGUAUGGCGAAGAAAAAUGCCAUCGUAAGAUCACUGCCUUCGGUCGAAACUUUAGGAUGUACUUCGGUCAUCUGCUCGGAUAAAACUGGUACAUUGACCACCAAUCAGAUGUCUGUCAGUAGGAUGUUCGUUUUUGAUAAAAUUGAAGGAUCGGAAAGUUCUUUCUCGGAAUUCGAAAUCACUGGAUCAACGUACGAGCCAAUCGGUGAAACGUUCCUAAAAGGACAGAAAAUCAAAGGUGGCGAUUUCGAAACGUUACACGAACUGAGCACCAUCUGUGUUAUGUGCAAUGACUCUGCCAUCGAUUUCAACGAAUUUAAACAAGCUUUCGAAAAGGUCGGUGAAGCUACCGAAACCGCCUUGAUCGUAUUGGCUGAAAAACUGAACCCAUUCAACGUACCGAAAUACGGCUUAGACAGAAGAGCUUCGGCCAUCGUCGUUCGUCAAGACAUCGAAACCAAAUGGAAGAAAGAAUUUACCUUGGAAUUCUCUCGUGAUCGUAAAUCCAUGUCUUCUUAUUGCAUUCCAUUGAAAUCCUCCAAAUUGGGCACCGGACCGAAAUUAUUCGUUAAAGGAGCCCCCGAAGGUGUAUUGGAUAGGUGCACACAUGCCCGUAUUGGAUCUCAGAAAUUCCCAUUGAACGCUGCUCUAAAAUCGAAGAUCAUAGAAUUGACCAAACAAUACGGUACUGGACGGGAUACGUUACGUUGUUUGGCUUUGGCCACUGCUGACAAUCCACUGAAACCGGAAGAUAUGGAUUUGGGUGAUUCUACGAAAUUCUACACUUACGAAGUUGGAUUAACGUUUGUCGGCGUUGUUGGUAUGUUAGAUCCUCCAAGGAAAGAAGUAUUCGAUUCCAUUCAAAGAUGUCGUGCUGCUGGUAUCCGAGUUAUCGUCAUCACUGGUGACAACAAGGCCACUGCUGAAGCUAUCUGUCGCAGAAUUGGCGUUUUCGGUGAAAACGAAGACACCACUGGAAAAUCGUACUCAGGACGUGAAUUCGAUGACUUAGCUAUCGCCGAUCAGAAAGCCGCUGUUGCCAGAGCUAGACUGUUCUCUCGUGUAGAACCUGCCCACAAAUCGAAAAUCGUAGAAUAUUUACAAAGCAUGAAUGAAAUCUCUGCCAUGACUGGCGAUGGUGUCAACGACGCUCCAGCUUUGAAAAAGGCCGAAAUCGGUAUCGCUAUGGGUUCUGGUACUGCUGUAGCUAAAUCUGCCUCGGAGAUGGUAUUGGCUGAUGAUAACUUCUCAUCCAUUGUAGCCGCUGUGGAAGAAGGACGUGCUAUUUAUAAUAACAUGAAACAAUUUAUUCGUUACCUCAUUUCAUCAAAUAUUGGUGAAGUCGUCAGUAUUUUCUUAACCGCUGCUCUCGGAUUACCCGAAGCUCUUAUCCCAGUACAACUACUGUGGGUAAAUCUAGUCACUGAUGGUUUACCUGCUACCGCUCUCGGUUUCAAUCCACCUGAUUUGGAUAUCAUGAGUAAACCACCAAGAAAAAGCGACGAAGGUUUGAUCUCCGGUUGGUUAUUCUUCCGGUAUAUGGCUAUUGGUGGAUAUGUAGGUGCUGCCACCGUUGGAGCUGCUGCCUGGUGGUUCCUUUUCAGUGUCGAUGGUCCUCAGAUGACGUAUUACCAAUUGACCCACCACUUGAGCUGUCUCGGUAACCCAGAAGAUUUCAAAGGUAUCGACUGUCACGUAUUCCACGAUCCUCAUCCGAUGACCUUGGCGUUAUCAGUACUUGUAACUAUUGAAAUGUUGAACGCCAUGAACAGUUUAUCAGAAAACCAGUCACUAAUUGUAAUGCCACCUUGGUCAAACAUGUGGUUGAUCGCUUCAAUGGGUCUUUCAUUCGGAUUACAUUUCGUCAUCUUACAUAUUGAAUUCUUAUCGACUGUGUUCCAAGUCACACCAUUGACGAUCGAAGAAUGGUUAACCGUAAUGAAGUUCUCGAUACCAGUAGUAUUGUUGGACGAAACGCUUAAAUUUGUCGCCAGGCGAUUCACCGAUGGUUCGUCGGCAUACAUUGUACGAGAAAGAGACGACCGUUGGAAUGGCGGCUCGUGCGAUAGCGAUAAGACUAAGCAAGAUUAAAUUAAUUCAUUCGCUCGAAUUCAGAAUUCAGUUGCGAUAUAUGUAGAUUUUUAAUUGUGUGUAAUUUACGAUGCGUUUUAGUGUACUUAAUGUAUAAUUGAUAAGGUUAUGGAAUGAAAACAAUAGUCAUUGAGGGUGUUUAAUUAUAUACGUACGAGUAUCACGGCUCGAUUGGGUAAACAUAACAACGAAUCGGGUUCCUUUUCAAAUUUUUUCGGUCGGAUAGAGUAGAUGUAGGUAUCUAGUAGGGUAUGGGUUAGUUGUCAUUGGUGGUCACGGGGUGAAAAGAUGAAGGAAGCGAAAUCUGUAAACAAAUUUUUGGCGUUUCCUUGCAAAUUAUGCAUUGUAAAUAAUCGUGUUUUCUUUUCUUUUAUUUUUUAUUUUAAAAUGUAUUUUAUACUGCUCUAAAGAUAACACAAUAAAAAUUGCAUUCCUCUGAUUCAACCCUCAAAUCUUCUCAAUCACACUUGAAAUCUGUGUGUACAGAAUAUUCGAUGAUUGAACGGAAAUUGUAUGUACUUCAGAUUUGGAUGCAACUGAGUGCCACUAAAAAAAAAGUUAUACGAAGGUGUUGCUUAUUCAAAAUUGAAAGAUGGAAUUAUGUUUUUAAAAGAAAAAAUCUACGUCCAUUUUUGACCUCAUGGACCCGGGGAUGGGUCGUGCAUCAAAGAAUAGGAAAAAUUGUUUCAUGACAGUGUUGCCCUACUUGCAAAUCGAAGAACUGCAAACAGAUUUUGAGCUUUGAGAGAAAAAUAUUGCAUUUUCAAGAAAAUUAGUAUGUAGUUCUUUGAAAUAGGGAUACAUUUUACCACUUUUUGCCUUAGUUUGAAAUUUAUAGUGUUAUUGUUGUGCUCAAAAAUCAAAAAUGAUGAAAAAAAUUCAAAAAAAAAUUUAGAUUUAUAAAAUUUAGAUUUUCUUAACUUUUUUAGUCUCUCAGGGCUGGGCAGGAAGUAGUUUGAGCAAAAUUUGUUCAUUUUUAGUCGUAGAUACUGUCAAUUUUUUGAUCAUUUUUUUUUUUGGAUUACCAAGGUUUUUUUCUGGAAUUCUGUUCUUAAUACUUUAAAUUUGCAAGUUUGAUAAAAAGUCGUAUGAGGAAAUUCUGCUCUUUUAUUGUAGUCCACUUUCGUAGUCAAAAAGGAUGUUGACUUUUACUUUUUUUUAAAAAUAAUUCGUCCCUUCAAUUCUAGAGAUAGGCAAAACCUUUAUUGGUGUAACAUUUUUCGUACGAUUAGUGUCGGUAGUACCUCAAUUUGAAGUUUUGUAGUCCACUUAUCGGACACCUUAAACAUUUAAAACGUUUUGAAAAUUUGGCAUUUUUUUAUUUCAUCAUUUUUCAUUUUCAGAAAUGCUUUCAAGUAUUUUUUUGAAAUGGCUUUCUUUAAAAAAAAAACAAACAAAAAACAAAAAAACAAAA